AUGGAUGAUUAUAAUGGUACUCAUGAGAGUGGCAAUUUUAUGAAACUAUUAAUGGAUGGGGAUUACAGAAAUUACUGUGAUUAUCAUGAUGGUGGUGAUUAUAACAAUGUUGACAAUAAUAAUGAUAGUGAUAACUAUGAUGAUGAUGAUGGUGAGAGUAGUGACAGUGAUGAUGACAGUGACAGUGAUUUUGAUGAUGAUGAUAGUAACGACGAUUCUGAUGAGGAGUUUUACCAGCUUGUGGCAGUUACCUGUGAAGCAGUUGUGACAUAUUUCAAUAAGUACAUUAAUAAGACUCCUUGUUAUGAUUCUGAACAAACAGGGUGGGCUUGGGUGAGACGUUGUAUGGAAGGUGAAACCAUAAGUAGAUAUUUUGAGAAGAUGAUCACUCUGUUGUGUGCUCGCUUUGCAGCUGCAUAUGUAAAGCCUUCGGAUCCAACUUUUAGUGAAGUUCCAACCAAAAUACAAGACCAUCCAAUUUAUUGGCCACAUUUUAAAGAUUGCAUCGGUGUGAUUGAUGGCACACAUCUGAUAGCAGUUGUACCUAUUGAGAAGUCCAUUCCAUACUUUGGAAGAAAGGGAUAUCCAACCCAAAAUGUGAUGGCUGCAUGUGACUUUGAUAUGUUAUUCACAUUUGUUUUGCUUGGAUGGGAAGGUGCAACACACGACACUCACAUUUUUCUUGAUACUAUUCGUAAACAAAGUAACAACUUUCCGCACCCACCACCAGUUGAUUCUGGAUACCCAAUGAUGAAAGGCUAUUUGGCACCAUACAAGGGGAUAUCAUACCAUCUUCAAGACUUUCGAAGGAGAGGUGGAAGCCCUAGAACUAGACAUGAAAAAUUUAACCAUGCUUACUCAUCUCUUCGAUGUACGAUUGAGCACACUUUUGGUGUGUGGAAGAAUAAAUGGAGAAUUAUCAGAAACAUGCCAUCUUUUCCAUUCCAUAUCCAAUUACUUAUUGUAUCUGCUACUAUGGCUCUUCAUAAUUUUGUUAGACUAAAUGAUAGGGAUGAUAGGGGCUUCAUAAACGCCAAUCGAGAUUCAAUUUCUAGAAGAGAACAUAAUAGUGAAGCAGGUAGUAGUUAUGAGCAGAACUCAGGAUCUUUAACAGACCCUGUGAUGGUGGUUCUUCGUGAUUCCGUUGCUAUUUCCAUUUGGGGGGAUAAUAAUGAGUAG